GCUGUCGCUCGCAGCCGUCAUUCGCCGUUCGCCGAGCGAAUUCGUGUGUGGGUUCGUCGCUUUCGUCCGACGGACUGUGUGUGAUGAAACGGGUGUGUGCGAAAGUAUGAAGUGAAAUCAGACCUAAAAGUGUGUGAAAUGUUUAGUGUUAGUUUUUAGUGUGUUAAGAAUUCAAAAUGAGUGCGAACGGAUAAUCUUUUUCCUCCUUCCCGUACCUUAAAACACUACGGUUCGGUGUACACGUAACAUUUAGUAGGAACAGUUUCAAAAUGGCUGUGUUUUGAAGGACUCUUUGUCCACUUUCGUAUGCUUCCUCCAGCAUGAUAGUGGGAUCAGACCGUCACAAUCUUGACUUCGAAAGGGAAUGCAUGUCAUGUACCCGGAGGCACCGGCCCAAUACCGCACGAGUGACCCGCCCGCCCAGCCCGAGCCCCCGGCGUCGCCGCGCCACCAGCCAGCCAAGAAGCGCCGCCUGAGCCCCGCCGACUACCGCCUGCAACGGGACAACGCUGAGCUAAAGAACAGCGUGUGGACAAGCGGGGCGGGGUGCUGCGUGGCGAGUCGCGCGUGCGAUGCGGAGCGCUCGCCUGCCGCGCCACCCUGCGCCAGGCCGUGCUGCCGGGACCCCACCAUCACAACACAAGCGACCGAGCCGCAGCGGCGAGCGGGCGAGUCGGCCCGGCAGCGGGCGCCAGCCACAACGACGGCGCACAGCAAGCAGGCUGCGGGCGGGGCCAACCACCCGCCCCAGCAAGGUACAGCCAAACGCUCGGGCUGCGGCGGCGAUGGAGACUACCAGCUGGUGCAGCACGAGGUGCUCUACUCCUCGUCCAAUAGGUACGAGGUGCUGGAGUUCCUCGGGCGGGGCACCUUCGGGCAGGUGGUGAAGUGCUGGAAGAAGGGCACCAACGAGAUAGUCGCCAUCAAGAUCCUCAAGAACCACCCCAGCUAUGCGCGCCAGGGACAGAUCGAGGUGUCGAUCCUCUCGCGCCUCUCGCAAGAGUCGGCGGACGAGUUCAACUUCGUCCGAGCGUACGAGUGUUUCCAGCACCGAUCCCACACCUGCCUCGUGUUCGAGAUGCUGGAGCAGAACCUGUACGACUUCCUCAAGCAGAACAAGUUCUCCCCGCUGCCGCUGAAGUACAUACGGCCGAUACUGCAGCAGGUGUUGACUGCGCUGCUUAAACUGAAGCAACUAGGCCUGAUCCACGCGGACCUAAAGCCGGAGAACAUCAUGCUGGUCGAGCCAGCGCGCCAGCCGUACCGCGUGAAGGUCAUCGACUUCGGCAGCGCCUCGCACGUUAGCAAGGCAGUGUGUAAUACGUAUUUGCAGAGCAGAUAUUACAGAGCACCAGAAAUAAUCCUCGGCCUGGCCUUCUGCGAAGCGAUCGACAUGUGGUCCCUGGGCUGCGUGGUGGCCGAGCUGUUCCUGGGCUGGCCCCUCUACCCUGGCUCCUCGGAGUACGACCAGAUCAGAUACAUCUCGCAGACGCAGGGCCUGCCCACCGAGCACAUGCUCAACAGUGCAUCAAAAACGGCCAAGUUCUUCUACCGCGACGUGGACAGCACGUACCCGUUCUGGCGGCUGAAGACGCCCGAGGAGCACGAGGCGGAGACCGGCAUCAAGAGCAAGGAGGCAAGGAAGUACAUCUUCAACUGUCUCGACGACAUCGGACAGGUGAAUGUCCCGACGGAUCUUGAAGGAGGCCAACUGUUGGCUGAGAAAGCGGACAGAAGAGAAUUCAUUGACUUACUCAAGCGAAUGCUUACCAUGGACCAGGAAAGACGAAUAACGCCGGGCGAGGCUCUGAACCACGCGUUCGUGACCCUAGCACAUCUAGUGGACUACGCGCACUGCAACAACGUCAAGGCUUCCGUGCAGAUGAUGGAGGUAUGCCGUCGCUCCGGCUCGGCGGCGGCGGUAGGGGCCGAGUACGCGGGCGGGCUGGCCGCCGCGCCGCCCCCGCACCUCGCGUUGUCGCUCAACCAGCCGCGACACUCGCAGCCCUAUGACAACCUGUACCAGCUGUACGGGGGCGGGCGCGUGGCGGUGGGCGGCGCGCGGCAGUACGCGACCCGAGCGGCCGAGCCCUUCCCGCACCAGUUCGUGUCCUCCAUACUGUGCCAGCCCGCCUACCAGGUACAACAGCUGGCGGCAGCGGCGGCGGCGGCGGCCGCGCACCAUCAACACGGCGCUCACGGGGUUAGCGGCGUCACGGGCGUCGGAGAGGUCGGUGAAUGGCGAGCGCCCCUACUCGUCGAAGGCGCGACACUGGAACCAGACGUGUGGGAGCUGCACCACCACCACCAUCAUGCUGCACAUAAGAGAUCCACCAAGCAGCAAGCGGCCCCACACUAUCAGCUGCCGCAUCAGACGCACCAAUACAGCAUGUCCAGCACGGGCGGCAAGAAGGAGCCGACGCAGCUGUCGCCCGUCAAGAAGCGGGUGAAGGAGGGCACGCCGCCCUCGCGCCCGCGCGCCCACCACCAUGCGCACACACAGAACCCGGUCCGCAGCACGUGGGAGGGCGCGGCGCCCGCGCACACCAUCACCAUACGGGACACGCCGUCACCAGCCGUGUCCGUCAUCACUAUAUCUGAUUCAGAGGACGAGCAGCCUGCUAGAGCCCCCGCCAACACGGACUGCCACCCCACAACCAUCCCGGCGCACCAGCAGCAAACCAACAACAACCACGCGCCUCCCGCGCACAACAACAACCCGGCCAGCAGUGCAGUGAACAACGGGAGCAGUGCAGUGAACAACGGGAGCAGUGCAGUGAAGUGUUCGGCUCAGGGGGUCAUCUGUAGCGCGCGGUCGCCGCGGCAUGUGAAGCACGAGCCGCAGCAUAACUGCCACCAUCAUAAUGGGAAUGUGCCCCAACAACAACAGUCACAACCACCGCCCCAGCAGCCCGCCCCCGCGCCCGCGCCCGCCCUCGCCACGCCACAGUCGCAGAAGAAGAGGCUGCUGGCGCUGGCACAGCAGGACCACGCCACCAAGCAGGAGAUGGACCACCAUCAUUAUAACCAGAACGGAUCUACGGUGCGUCAGGCCGACUACGCGUGCAACCAGUAUGUACCCGCGCCGCAUAAGAGGGAAUCUACGACGAAUGCUCGCGAGCAGUUCGCGGCGCCGCUCGCGCACAAGCACCACCACACCGUCGCGCCGCCGCAGUGGCACACCAUACCGUACAAGCCCAACUCGGUGUUCCGGCCCGGCAGCGGCGGCGUGCUGUCGCCCAGCGCGGGCGUGUCCCCCGGCUACCUGGCGCCCCCGCUCUACGUGCCCACCUACCACUACCACACCGGCGGCGUAAGCGGCGUGGGCUCGGUCCCGGGCCCGCCACCCGCGCACCACGGCGGGGCCGCGCGCCUGCCCGGCUACCUCCAGCCCUACUCGCCCACCUACCUCGUGUCGCACCCGCCGCCUCACCUCCAGCAUCAGCCACUGCCGCACCAGCCUCACCACCUGUGGUAUACCGACUGACGCUGCUGUGGGGAGAGGUGGAGACCAGGGGUGGAUGCUUGAAGAGGUGGAGAUUGGGGGAGACGG